AUGUCAGCAGGAAAUUUGACAUUGCCUAAUCGCCUCCCGUUUGAGGACUUUGAAUAUCCUUCUCAACUAGACAGACAAUUGGAGCUAUUCCCCCAGUGGCAUUUGCCUGUCAAGCUAGCAGGAGGAUUGUCUCUUUCUGUCUUCAUGUACACUUUCCUCCGGGAUGUCAUUCACCCCUAUGCGACUGAAAAUAAAAAUGUAUUUUAUAAAAUUCCCAUUUUGGUAAUGAACAAAGUGUUGCCAGUGGUUGCCAUCAUCCUUUUGGCUUUGGUGUAUUUGCCAGGGAUUUUUGCUGCAGCUUUCCAACUCUAUUUUGGUACCAAAUACAGACGUUUCCCUCGCUGGUUAGCUCGGUGGAUGCUGUUACGGAAACCUCUUGGACUCCUUAGCUUCUUUUACGCAGUGCUGCAUGCAUUCUUCAGUCUGUGCUACCCAAUGCGAAGGUCGUACAGAUAUAAGUUACUCAACUGGGCAUAUCAGCAGGUGAAACAAAACAAAGAAAAUGCAUGGAUUGAAGAUGACGUCUGGAGAAUGGAAAUAUACGUGUCUCUAGGAAUCCUAGGUCUUGCAAUUCUUUCCUUAUUGGCUGUGACUUCAGUUCCGUCUAUCAGCAAUUCAUUGAACUGGAGAGAAUUUCAAUGCAUACAGUCGAAGAUGGGAUAUUGCGCACUACUACUAUGUACUUUGCACGCUCUGGUGUUUGCCUGGAGAAAGUGGGUGGACCUCAGUUACUUCGUCUGGUACACACCUCCUACAUUUAUGAUUGCCGUUUUUCUGCCUAUUCUAGUCUUGGUAGGCAAAACUGUAUUGAUGUUCCCAUGCUUUGCAAAUCAAUUAGCUCAAAUUCGAAGAGGGUGGGAUCUGUCUACAAAACAUAAAAUGGAUUCCCCUCUUAACAAUGAUGUAACAGAAGAUGAAGUCUGA